AUGUAUGUGUUAGUGCUAACUGUGAUAAUUGGUGUCUUGCUUUCGUUAUGGUACUGGACGAGAAACUAUCCUCGUUCUCCUCCAAUAUAUCCAGGGGGAUUACCGAUUAUUGGACAUCCUCAUAUAAUCAUUAAGUACCGCAAAGAUUUAUGGGGCUUUUUGCAAAACAUUGCUGAUUACAGUGUGGAAAACGGAGGGAUAGUCCAACUUUGGGCAGGACCUGUCACAGCUUAUGUUGUGAGUGAUCCAGAAGUCGUCGGAAACAUAGCAAAUACAUGUUUGGAAAAGCCAUUUUUUUACAAUUUCUUAAUUGAUAGCAUAGGAAAUGGAUUGAUAACAUUGAAUGGACCCACGUGGAGGAUACACAGUAAACUACUAAGUCCAUCGUUCAACCAACAAGUAUUAAACACGUUUCUACCUGAAAUGAAUGUACAGUCUCGAAAUAUGGUCGCACAAAUGACUACUGUGGCUGGAAAGGGACCAGUUGACAUCAAGGAAUUUAUAACUCAAUAUAUACUAAGAUCAGUUUGUCGAACUUCACUGGGAUUAGAAUCUAAAGAUCAAGAUAUAAUCGACAAUGGUUACGCGAAAGCGCUAGAAGAAAUCUUCAGAAUUGUAUGCUACCGUGGUUUAAAUGUGUAUGUACAUCCUUCAUGUAUUUACAACUGGACGUCAAUGAGAAGAAGAGAGUUGGAACUAGUCAAAAUUGUUAAGAAUAUGAUAAAUCCUAUUAUUCAAAAACGCAAAUCUGAACUAAAACCUACAAAAAUGUAUAAUUACGAUAGUUCAACAACAGUUUCAGGUAAAUUCAAACCUACGCUAGAUUUGAUGCUGGAUUUGUCUAAUGAACAAAACGUCCUCUCAGAUGAUGAUAUUAGAGCGCAUCUGAAUACUUUCGUAGCAGCUUCUUAUGACACAACUUCAGCAGUAUUGCAUAAUGCGCUGAUGGUGCUUGGAUCAUAUCCUGAUGUGCAAGAACGAGUUUAUGAAGAGGUUCGAGACGUUUUUCAAAAUAAUGAGGAGUUGACGAAACACGAUAUGUCUAAACUUGUUUACUUAGAAGGUGUGAUAAAGGAGGUACUGAGGGUAUAUGUCGCAGUUCCAUUGAUGGCGAGAAAAAUUGAUGCCGAUAUUGUACUGCCGAAAUAUACAUUGAGAGCGGGAAGUAUAUGUAUCCUAUCAAUAUAUGGCCUUCACCGUCACCCCUCCUGGGGACCAGACGCGAAGGAAUUCAAACCGGAGCGAUGGCUGAAUCCCGAUACAUUACCUACUAACCCCAACGUAUACGCUCCGUUCAGUUUUGGCAAGCGAAACUGUAUUGGGAAACAGUACGCCAUGAUGAGCCUGAAGACGUCGAUAGCGCAUGUAGUGAGGAAGUUCCGCAUUACUGCUGAUAUCAAUGUUUUGAAGUGGAGAUACGAAAUUGUAUUAAAACCUACAACAACCCCUCUUGUUAAUUUAACAUUAAGUUCCGGGGACGAAGGACUUGGGGAAGUCUCCGUCAUCCCGAACAGGACAGGACUACACGUGGUGGUGGUGGUGCACGUUCACGAAUGCCUCCAAGGUAAAGCAUACGGCAGAUGGACACUCCACUUGCCUGUGCGUCUCCAGGUGGAAUCUAGGAGGCGGAACGUCACAAAUGGGGCCGCGAAUAAAGAUUCCUACAUUUUCACGUCCACUUGGGAGACAGGACAUCG